GCCAGAUAAGUGGAGAAAUCCUCCUGUUUCGUUCUUAAAUAUGUGGAUAAUAUUGGUCACGAAAGCCUUCGUGUUAAACGUAACUAUAGUGCUAUCAUGGCACGGAUAAUUUGGUUGUGUUCCUCAUUAGCAAAGGUUCAAACGUGGCAAAGGUCAGAAAGCCCAGAACACAGAGUGCAGACCGUGUCGUUUGCCUUCCUUUGGGGGUGGAGGCGACGCAGAGGAACAAUAUUUUCUUCUGCAGCCCCUGGCCCUCAAGUGACUGGCGCAUGAGACUCCUGGCUGUGGUGAUGUCACGGGUGAGGUGCUGUGGCCGCCCAAUAGGUAUUGAGCAUGCAGCCAAAGCGGUGGAGCCAGCAGAAAAGGUGACGGAAGUAAAAUCCAAAGAUAAAAACAUUGCGGCUGCAAUAGAAGGCAACAAUCUGACAAUGGAGGAGAAGAAAAUUCUGGGAAACCACACAGAGGCCUGUCUGGCAGGCAAGGACACGUACGUGGACCCCGUGUCCGGCUACUCCGUGUUCACGAGCCGCUCUCACUUGCUGCGUGGGAAGUGCUGCGGCUUGGCCUGCAGGCACGGAUGUGGUUACCCUCACGUUGACACUGGCACACGGCCGCACACGCUGAAGCGGCGUCUCCCCUGCCGUCCCAGUGCCCCUUUGAGCAGGUGAAUGUCAAGGACCGGCACAAGAAGAGCACCUACAACGGCUACUUCUACACAUGACGACUGGAAGAUUGCGGAUUGCAGUCAUCUUCACCAGGGCUACUGGCAGGUGGAUGGUCUGAUGUGUGGCGGCUGCUCUGUGGUGCUGCGGUGUCCAGGGGCACACGGUGAUAGAAGUGUCCACAGGGGUGAUGUCGAAGUUGUCGUGGCCUAAUUAGGCGCAUGUAGGAUGUACAGUGAGGGAAAAAAGUAUUUGAUCCCCUGCUGAUUUUGUACGUUUGCCCA